UUAUGGUAAAGUAAAGUUCGACUUCUAUAAUGGUGAUCUUCAAAAUGGCUACAUAACACUCGAGACAUUCAAGAAAGAUGCGAAUAAUAAUAGUUGUGGUGCUGUGCCUGCUGUUCCAUGCUCAGGCCAAGACUGCGGUUAACAAACCAUCAAACAGUCAAAUUAUUAAGUGUGAUGACCUUCUGGCCUUCUCGAACUGCGAACUGAUUUUUAAGUGGAACUUUUUGUAUCUAGACGUUAUCAAAGGGAUAGCGAAACAAAUUGAGAAGGAUUUAUCCCAGUACCCUUUUGCCCUCAAAAAGCUGCCCGACAUUUACGUCAUGAUAUCUUCCUAUUUGGUUUGCGAAAAGGGCUUGUCGGAAGCCCUAGAGAACAUCCAAAAGCUUCUUGGGGUCAAGAAUAAGAAAUGCAAACAUAUAAAAGGUUUUGUGUCCGUUACCGUCUAGACUAUAUCGGAAAAAAACGGAAUGCGAUUCACCUUCUAUGUCAGUAAUUUUUCAU